AUAAAACCGUACAACCUUGCCCUCUGAGCAGCAUCAAGCCCAAGGAAAAGAGUCCAACCAGCCAUCAUGAGUGAUGCUCAAGCCUAUUUCAUUGAGCAGCCGACUGAAGCGGGGCCCAAGAUGAUUGAUCUCAUCGAGAAACAAGCACCAGGAGAUAACCCGGCGGUGGGCGACCAGGAAUUAACGGCGGCGCCUCCCACCUCUUUCCCGCAAGGACCUCCACCCCCUCCGGACGGAGGAUUCCAUGCCUGGGCAACUGUGGCCGGCUCAUUCCUCGCGAUGUUUGUUCAAUUCGGCUUAGCCAACAGUUUCGGUGUAUUCCAAUCGUAUUAUGAGGAGAAUCAGCUUUCAAACUUAUCGUCUUCGAAGAUCAGUUGGAUCGGUGGUCUGCAACAAUUCUUGCUGUUCUUUGGCGGUUUGUUCACCGGAAGGAUCUUUGAUGCUCAUGGAGCCCAUAUCCUUCUGUUACCCGGAUCUCUCAUUCUCACCACCAGUCUCAUGUUAACUUCACUGUGUUACGAUUACUACCAAUUCAUCCUUUGUCAAGGAAUCUUUUUCGGCAUUGGCUCGAGCUUGGUAUUUCAUUCUGGUAUCGCUGUACCUGCCCAAUGGUUCGCCAAACGACGAGCGCUUGCUAUGGGUAUCGCAGUCAGUGGUUCAGGGCUCGGGGGUACCCUAUGGCCGAUUGCUUUGAACAGGAUGUUCAAUGAUAUUGGAUUUGGCUGGACGCUCCGUACAGUUGGGUUCAUCAGCCUCUUCCUCCUUACUCUAUCCAACCUCCUUAUCCGUACCCGCCUUCCACGAAGGAAUCCAGUUCCAUGGAAUGCCUAUUUGCAACACCUCAAAGACAUUCCUUUUGUUCUCUUUGCCUUUUCUGUAGCAUUCGUCUUCUUCGGUUUGUUCACGCCGUUCUUCUAUGUCACCACCAAUGCCGCUCGAGUAGGCACCUCCAGUGCUAUCACUUUUUAUUGUUUGUCAUUCAUCAAUGCCGGAUCGACGAUUGGUCGUUUGCUCGCUGGCGCGGGUGAUUAUAUCGGGAGGAUGAAUCUCGCCAUCUUUUCCUCCCUCGUCUCCGGCAUCCUCCUCCUCGCUUUCUGGAUCCCCCUCUCCACUGCUCCCGCCAUCAUCGGCUUCUCCGUCGUCUAUGGCUUCUUUGCCGGUCUAUUCAUCUCCCUCAUACCAGCGUGUAUCGGACAAAUCUCACAUCAUCACGAGGUUGGACUCCGGCUCGGUCUCGCAUGGGGAAUCGCAUCCGUCUUUGCCCUCUUUGGACCGCCGAUUAGUGGAGCGUUGAUCUCGAAUUAUGGAGGGGGAGCGAAGGGGUAUGAGAUGGCCGGGGUGUUUAGUGGGGUGGUGGUGCUUGCCGGGACCGUAUUUGCGGCUGGUUCGAGAUUUUGUUUGAACAGAGAGGUGUUUGCGGUGAUGUAGAGGCCGGGAAUACGUAUAAAUUUAUAUUUAAUCUAAUGAUGCGCGACAUUUUCGUUUAGAUCAUAGUGGUAUUUAGAAUAGAAAUUAAUAGAGCGAUGUGUGAAUGAUUGG